UCGCGAAGAAUAUAUUUCAAGUUCGAGAGGCCGUCUAUUUGGCGCGGCACUCGAACUUUACUAAGGAGUGCAUGGAGAUGUUAAUCUCCAAACUUGUCUCUUUUGGAUCUCCAAUCAUAGCGAUGCACCUUCGCUUUAUUUUACUUGAACGCAAUCCGCACUGUGAAACGCGCAAAAGUUUGGAGCUUCUACUGCUCUUCCUCGCUAAGCACAACUCUAUGGGCGCCGUUCCUGCGCUUCUCGCAAAAUUUGCGCUUUGCGGAGGAACUUUCCGGUAUCCUGAAGCUUCUUUACUGCUACUAAACUGCGCCCGUCGAGGUCUCCACGCGGAGGUCGAAGAGGUAUGGCGACUCAUGGUGCAGGCGGACAGGUCUUCUUUGGAGGCGCAGACUUCUUACUUCGAGGCGUUGUCUUACCUGAAAGACAAGCACACUGCUGCUCUAAUUUAUAUUUCUCUUAAGCCACUUUUAGCCGUAAAUCAGAAUUCAGUAAUCACUCAAAAAGUUAUUAAAACAAUCUUCUUUAGUAGUAUGCGAUUGGGAUCUCUGGAUGACGCGCUUGCUUUACUCAACAGCGACCACCUUUUUUGCACUUCCACCGGAAUCGCGUGUUUUUUUGGCGCCAUCUCUGAUUGUUCCAUGUGGGAAUUGUUUGUACCAAAACUUUUGAAACUUCUUUACUUGAAAAAAAUGAGUUUAGUUUGUUGUGAAGAUUUAAUUUCUGCUUUGGCUCGCUGCCACUGGAGAUUAUUAACGGCUCGUUCGGUCAACGACACAGAAAAUCUUACAGUAAUUAAUUUCAAUUUUGCAAAGCGAUUCAUUUUUACUUAUAAUCAACUGCUCUGUCCUUUUGAAAUUUAUUUGGAAAGCGUGGUUCAACCCGCUCCGCAUUAAGCUUC